AUGCCAAAGGAACUCGCUCCAGCAAAGCUUGAAACAACAAUUCACCUUCAAAAGGCUGUCCACGGAACAACACGCAGAUUCCGUGCUGAGAGAGCUAUCAAAUUCAUCACAGCUGCAGCCAAGAAAAUGAUGCACACAGAAGUCGUUAAAAUCGACCCAGAACUUAACUCCCGCAUCUGGAUCCAUGGCAAGAACUGCCCACCAACACGCGUUCGUGUCGUUUUCGAGCGCAAGGCUGACGAGGAAGAUGCUGAAAAGAUGGUUACAAUUGCAUCCUACAAGAACGUUGCUUCCUUCAAUGGCCUUCAAACAACAAAGGUUGUUGAUCAGUAA